AAAUUCCAUUCUUUGCGAUCAAAUGGAUUUGUUGUGGCUCAACCAAUUUGCAAUCCUCCUCUGGAAAAAUUUCAUUUUAAAGAAAAGGAAGAUAAUUUCUUUAAUUGUGGAAAUCUUCAUGACAGUCUUCUUCUCUCUAUUGAUUUUGCUUCAUCGCAGAGAUAUAAAGAAGACGUUUCAGAAUGUUACUGUUUUCAAGCCUCUUCCUUUGAUGACCCCACCUGAUUUCUUCUUUAAUAGAAGCUAUGUAUAUGAAUUAGCUUAUGUGCCUUCUAAAAGUGUUGUGGUAAAAAAUAUUACUGAGAUGGUGAAAGAGAUGUUAAAUACCAAUUUUUCAGUUCGAGGCUUUUCUUCAGAAGCACAGUUUGAAAAGUACGUUGUGUCUGAAAAGCAGCCUAUGGUUCACGUGCUGGCUGCCAUUGUAUUUGACCAUGACUUCAGAAACAGUGACGACGGUUUGCCACUUAAAGUAAAAUAUCAUCUGCGUUUUGGUGCAGGUACUGAGAAAUCUUCCAAUUUGCUAAGCUCCUUAAAAGCUACUGGAUGGAAUACACAUCUUCUCUUUCCAGAGAUACCUUCUCUAGGACCCAGGAACCCAGUUGGUGGUGAUGGGGGAGAUCCUGGGUACAUCAGAGAAGGAUUCCUGCUUUUGCAGCAUGUCAUAGAUCGGGCCAUCAUGACGUACCAUAAUGGCAGAGCUGCAGAACAAGUGUUUAGUGGUGUCUUAAUUUUUCUUAGGCAGUUUCCAUUCCCUGCUUAUUAUAAUGAUAGCUUUUUGUGGAUUUUUAUAAAUAUCUUCCCUUUGGUAGUUUUACUUGUAUUUUCUCUAACUGAACUUACCCUCAUCAGGACCAUUGUUUCAGAAAAGGAAAAGAGAUUAAAGGAGUACCAGCUCAUGAUAGGACUCAGUAAUGCUAUGCUCUGGGCUUCCUAUUUUGUCUCAUUCUUUCUGAUGUUUUUAAUUAUCAUCUGUUUACUGUGCGUGAUUUUAUUUGUCAAGAUCGUACCUGAUGUAGUCCUCCAGUACAGUGACCCAUCUCUCGUCUUUGUCUUUUUCCUGUGCUUUGUCAUCGCCUCUAUAUCCUUCGGCUUUCUGAUUUCCACAUUCUUCAAUACAGCUACUUUGGCUGUUUCUGUUGGAGGUUUCCUCUAUUUUGCCACCUUCUUUCCAUAUGUAUUCGUGAGGACCAUAUAUACACAGAUGACCCUCACCGAGAAGCUGGCUUUCUGUGUCUUUUCGAAUGUUGCAGUAGCUUUGGGGGUUGAUUUUAUAAGCAAGAUGGAAAUGAAGGAGUAUGGUGUCCAGUGGAAUAACAUCCUGUCACCAGUGAAUCCAGAUGAUGACCUUAGUUUUGCUCAUAUUAUGGGAAUGCUUUUAUUUGAUGCUUUCUUGUUUGGCCUUAUGACCUGGUAUAUAGAUGCUGUCUUUCCAGGGAAGCAUGGUGUGCCCAAGCCAUGGUAUUUCUUUGUGCAGAAAUCCUACUGGUUUGGUAAAGCUUUAAGCAUUAAGAAGAAAGAAGAUAAUCAAAUUAUUGAUAUAACUAGAAGUGAUUAUUUUGAAGAUGAACCUGUUGAUUUGGUGGCUGGUAUCAGUAUUCAACAUCUGUACAAGGAAUUCACAGUGGAGAAGGAUACCAUCAUGGCAGUAAAAAACUUAUCUUUCAAUGUAUAUGAGGGGCAAAUCACUGUUCUUCUGGGACCUAAUGGGGCAGGAAAGACUACCACCUUAUCAAUUCUCACAGGUUUGACUCUUCCUACAAGUGGAAAGGUGUAUAUUAAUGGAUAUGAUAUCUCAAAAGACAUGGUUCACAUCAGGAAUAACUUGGGCUUUUGCCCCCAGGAUAACAUAUUGUUUUCAGAAUUGACAGUAUCAGAACAUCUCUAUUUCUACUGUGUGAUAAAAGGAGUACCUCCAGAGAUACGUCUCACAGAAAUUAAUAAAAUGCUGACUUCUUUUGGCCUGCUGGAAAAGCAUGAUGCACUUGCAAAGUCACUGAGUGGAGGAAUGAAGCGCAAACUCUCCAUCAUUAUAGCACUUAUAGGAGGUUCCCAGGUGGUGAUACUUGAUGAGCCAACAUCUGGCAUGGACCCAGUCUCAAGGAGAUUCACCUGGAAUGUCCUUCAGCAGUAUAAACAUGAUCGUACCAUCUUACUGACCACCCACCACAUGGAUGAAGCUGAUGUCCUGGGUGACCGUAUAGCCAUCAUGGUCAAGGGAUUCCUGCAGUGUUGUGGCUCUUCAAUUUUCCUGAAAAGAAUAUAUGGUGUGGGAUACCACAUAAUUAUGGUGAAGGAGCCUCACUGUAAUGUUGAAGAAAUUAUUCGAGUGGUUGAUCAACAUAUACCUGAAGCCAGAUUGGAAAACAAUGUUGCAGCUGAAUUAUCAUUUAUCCUACCCAAAGAAUACACACACAGGUUUAAAGACCUGCUUACUGAUCUGGAAAACAGGCAGAAAGAGCUGGGCAUUGGUAGCUUUGGCGUCUCAAUCACUACCAUGGAAGAAGUUUUCCUUAGGGUCAGUAGAGAGGAUGAUGAAGCUUUCCAGACCCCAUCCCUAAAGGACAAAAACAGAAGAGAAAACAUGAACCAGAAUAUGAAUGUGCCCAGAAGUUUUGAGAGAUCAUACUCUCCCACUGCAAGUGAACCCUCUAAUAUUAAGUUUAAUACUGGGUGGUCUCUUAACUGCCAGCAGUUCUGUGCCAUGUUCAUAAAGAGGGCUAUGUUCUCUUGGCGCAACUGGAAUUUGAUGUUGAUGCAGAUCCUGGGACUUCUGGGCAUUGUUUAUUUUCUCAUGAGAGGAAUGGAAAUUUCAAGAAAUAGAGUUGAAAAUGCCAGGGAAAUGGAUUUGGAACAAUAUGGUCAAACCAUAGUGCCUUUCUCAGAUGAUGAUCGUUCUGAUUUUUCUCAGAAUUUAACAAAAAUUCUUGAGAUGAUGCUAAAGGCUAAGAAACAAAAACUUCAGGAAGUGAAAGUCACCAAUCUCAUAAAGGCAGCCAAAUCAGAGACAAGAAUCAUCCUUCAUGGAGACUGGCCACAGAAGUUAAUUAUUAAUGGAGGCACUUUGACUGUAUUGCAUAGUUUUCUCCACUUUGAAUUGACUUGUGUACUCUCUAUCUCAGUGGUGUUCCUAUUAUCUGGAUUGGAUGCACUGACCAAGAAUUACCGCUUUCUGGACACAUUGGUCAUCUUCAUGCUGUUUGGCUGGUCUAUCAUUCCCUUCACGUACCUGAUAAGUUUCCUUUUUUCUAGUCAUACCAGUGCCUACAUCAAGCUCGUUAUGUUAAACUACUGUGCAGGAGUUUUCAGCAUAGUAAUGGAUAUAAUAAUAACCACAACAUCAGACAAAGGAUCUGCUUUUGAAAGCCUCCUACUUAAUUCAAUGAUGGUGUUACCCAUGCAUAACUUUGGGAUGAGCAUCAGCAAAUAUUAUGAUAACCAAGAGACAAACAUUCUGUGUUCCUCAACAGACGUUCCUGCCUUCAUAAACUGUAGUAAAGCAAUAACUCAGAUGAAUGUAUAUAGUUUGGAAAAAGAUGCAAUAGGAAGAUUUUUAGUUGCGAUGGCUGUUACGGGAUUUAUUUUCUUCCUCUUGAUUUUCCUUUUGGAGACCACCUCAUGGAAAGUGAGAACCUUUGUGUUUCGCUAUAUUUUCUUUGGUAUCUACAAGAAAUUUAAUAAGGUAAGUAUGUCCACAGAAUUAUCUGGGGAAUCUGAAAAUGAUGAUGUACAAUAUGAGAGAAACAGAAUCCUGGAGCAGCCUCAGGAAUUGCUGAAUUUCACAGUACUUAUUAAGGAACUCACAAAGAUAUAUUUUACAUGUCCAGCUGUUUUGGCUGUCAGAAAUAUCUCCCUUGGAAUCCAAAAGGAGGAAUGUUUUGGACUGCUUGGAUUAAAUGGAGCUGGAAAAACUACUACCUUCGAAAUAUUGACAGGAGAGGAGACUGCUACCUCUGGGGAUGUGUUCAUUGAGAAUUUAAGUAUCACCAAAAAUCUUCUAGAGGUAAGGUCAAAAAUUGGCUAUUGUCCACAGUCUGAUGCUUUGCUGGAUUACAUGACUGCUCGGGAAAUUUUGGUCAUGUAUGCCAGGUUGUGGGGUGUUCCUGAGACCCAGAUUACACAAUAUGUGAAUAAACUGUUGCAAUCACUAAAUCUGGAACCCUAUGCUGACAAGUUUAUUUAUACUUACAGUGGAGGAAACAAACGUAGACUGAGUAAUGCCAUUGCCCUAAUGGGAAAUCCCUCAGUCAUCUUCCUGGAUGAGCCAUCAACUGGCAUGGACCCAGGGGCCCGGCGCCUGCUUUGGAACACAGUAACAAGGGCACGUGAAAGUGGCAAAGUCAUCAUCAUUACCUCUCACAGUAUGGAGGAAUGUGAUGCCCUCUGUACCAGGCUGGCCAUCAUGGUGAAGGGAAAAUUCAUGUGCCUGGGCAGCCCUCAGCACCUCAAGAACAAGUUUGGCAAUGUUUACAUCCUGAAGGCUAAGUUCAAGAUGGAUACAGAUGAGAAUGAAUUAGAGAAUUUUAAAAAAUAUAUUGCAACGGCUUUCCCAGGUAGUGAAUUAAAACAUGAGAAUCAAGGGUUCCUUAACUACUACAUUCCCAGCAAGGACAAUGGCUGGGGAAAGGUGUUUGGUAUUUUGGAGGAAGCUAAAGAGCAAUUCAAUUUAGAAGACUAUUCCAUCAGUCAGAUAACGCUGGAACAAGUCUUCCUGACCUUUGCUACGCCAGAGAACACAGAAGGGGAUUGA